AUGCCUGCUGGAGAUGCCACUGAGGGGAUUGCCGGAGCUGAGCUCCGUGCCGAAGCCAUUGAUGAGAAGAGAAACUCACUGGCUAUAGCUGAGACGACCCAGCAUGCUGCGUCCCUCGCUGGCUCACAGGGCCACAUCCCUCAUGAUGGAGAGGCCCCUACUGCCGAGGACCUUGUCACCUUGCGCCGUGUUGCAACCAAAAUUCCACUGAAACUCUUCUCAAUCGCAUUUAUCGAGAUGUGUGAACGGUUUUCGUACUACGGCACCACCAUCGUCUUUACUAAUUUCAUCCAGCAGCCUCUUCCUGAUGGCUCUACUACCGGUGCGGAUGCGGAUCAGCCCGGAGCUCUCGGUAUGGGUCAACGAGCCAGCACAGGAUUGACUACAUUUAAUCAAUUUUGGCAGUACAUGAUGCCUCUCUUCGGUGCCUACGUUGCAGAUCAAUAUUUGGGUCGAUAUCGAACCAUCAACUAUGCCCUGGCCAUAGAUAUCAUAGGGCACAUUAUUCUCACGAUGUCUGCGAUCCCUGCGGUUAUUAGCAACAAGAACGGCUCAUUGGGAGCCAUGAUUGUCGGUAUUCUUAUCAUUGGCUUCGGUACUGGAGGUUUCAAGCCCAAUGUGAACCCAUUGAUCGUGGAGCAGCUUGGAGAGCAGCAUCUCCAUGUCAAGACAUUACCGAGUGGUGAGAGGGUCCUUGUAGAUCCAGCAGUGACACACGAGCGAAUAUAUCUCUGGUUUUAUUUCGCUAUCAACACUGGGGCCCUCGCAGGGCAAAUCUCCAUGGUAUGGGCCGAGAAGUAUGUUGGUUUUUGGCUUUCCUACACUCUGCCUACAAUCAUGUUGUGCCUCUGCCCUCUAGUGAUGAUUUGGGGCCGAAAGCGCUAUGUUCGCCGCGAAGCAGGAGGUUCAGUUUUGGGCCCAGCAAUGAAGACCUUCUUCCUUGCUAACAAGGGACGCUGGUCUAUCAACCCUUAUCGAACCUGGAAGAACCUUCAUGAUGGGACCUUUUGGGACAGUGUCAAGCCGAGCAAAUUCACCGACGAGACUCGACCUAAGUGGAUGACUUUCAAUGAUGCUUGGGUUGAUGAAGUCCGCCGUGGAUUCAAUGCCUGUGCUGUAUUCCUCUGGUUGCCUUUGUAUUGGCUGUGCUAUAAUCAGACAAACAACAACCUUAUAUCCCAAGCUGCCGUCAUGGAACUGCACGGAGUGCCCAACGAUGUCAUCACUAACCUCAACCCCUUUGCCCUUCUCAUCUUCAUCCCGCUCAACGACUUCUUCAUCUAUCCAGCUCUGCGCAAGUACGGCAUCCGAUUCACCCCAAUCAAGAAAAUUGCGUGUGGUUUCAUGGCCGCAACCACUGCUAUGGUUUGGGCCGCCGUUGUCCAACACUACAUCUAUCAGACGUCAGAGUGUGGCAAGUACGCAGCGGGUGAGGACUGUGCGCCAGCUCCCCUCAACGUCUGGAUUCAAUCCGGUCCCUACAUCCUGAUUGCUCUGUCCGAAGUCUUUGCCUCCAUCACAUCACUCGAGUACGCCUUCUCCAAGGCUCCCAAGAACAUGCGAUCCAUGGUUCAGGCUUUUGCUCUCUUCAUGACCUCCUUCUCGGCCGCUCUCGGCCAGGCCUUUGUCUCCCUUUCUGCCGACCCUCUCCUCGUCUGGAACUACACCGUCGUCGGAUGCCUCGCCUUCGCCGGCGGCAUUUGCUUCUAUAUCCAGUUUAGACACCUCGACAAGCAGGAGGAUGAACUCAACGAGCUUCCCGAGGGUCUUGUCGCCAACAAGGAAACUGGCAUCGACGUUCCCCUGCACAAAUCUGUGUCAGAGACCCAGAGAGGAGACGCGGUAUAA